AUGAACCAGAAGGUAAUUUGGAGGGGAAUCCCUAGGCAUCCUGCCCCUCGAGGCCUAGCAUGUGAUAACACAAAUCAGUCGAGGUUCUGUUUCCGGUUAGAACAGCUCCCACCGAAGCAAGACAGAAUAGGUAUGGGGGUGAGUCAGUGGAUAAGCACAGUGGAGGGACAGGCGAAGGAUUAUAAAACCCAGAACGAGGGAUAUAAAAAAGGGACUCUCGUCACAGACAAAGAAGGACAACCAGUCGAAUGGGGGGAUAUUUUGGAUAAUAUAAUACAAUGGUGUUUGAAGAGGGCAAAGGAUAAACCCAAUAAUACCAGCACAGAUAAAUAUCUGGGUCCGGCGGAAAGGAGACUAUGGAAGGGACUGAUGGAUCAAAACGAGAGUCUACAGUGCAACGCCAAUAGCACGUGUCAGAAGAUGUUGUAUCUGAUUGGAUGCAUAGUUUACUGGUUAUGGAAGGAUGAUAUGAGACUCAUAGACAAUCACGACCACGUUUGGGGGCCGUGUAACAAAUUGAGGGAGAAAAUUUUGGACCCACAAAACACAAUAGGUCUCGACCCAGCAAACACUUGGAGCAUAAUCGACAGGUAUAAUCAGAGAUGUCAAGUCGAUACAGGAUUUAAAUACUGCAGAAUGGAAGGGUUAAGUCUCGUAAUAAGUGUAGUCCAGGCACUGACUGACUUGUGCCCUAACUGUCCCUUAACAGGUCUAAAAGAAAUCUUCGGGGGGCUCGUGACGAUGAGCCAAGAACAACAGCUCUAUUGUAGAAUGCAAGCAACACCUUACCCAUUCUGUGUCGUAGAUGCAGCCCCAAAAGAAUCUGACUUGAAGUUAAUUUCAGGAGGUGAGGAGGCAGUAAAACUCAAUAAGGACGAUGACCGAAGGAACGCCCUCCCUCUAAGCGCAGAUACCGUGUUAUCCGAGCCAGGAGGCACAACAACAGCCCCAGCGUCUGGCGGCCGGAUAGCAGGGAAAGAAGCGAGGCAACCUGACCACCUCCGAGCUCGAACAGAAAAGGCCGCCAUCUCCGAGAAGGAGUCUGCCUUAACGGAUGAACAAACAAAAUCGAGCAGAGCUCCAGGUGGAGUUCAACCUGGAAAGGAGGAUCCAACUGUCCAGGGGCCGGACCCCCACACAGAGGGAGGCGUCGCACUCCCAAGUAACGGUUCGGACCAUCAGGAGGGUAAAGAGCAGACGAGUCCAGGUAUGACCCAGCAAGUGCGGCCCGACGGCAGGAUUGGGACAGGCUCAGGAGAAAUCGUAGGAGUGACAGUAGGGGUUGGUGUGAUGUUGCUUGCUUCAGCAUAUGGUUUGUAUCGUAUUUUUGGAGCUAGUCGAUCGAUCGGGACAGGAGGAUUAAAGGCAACUAAGCGGACAAAGACUAGAAGUCAACUCAACAUCAAUGCAGAUCGUUCCCUCUACAGGCAGUCAAGAGGCAGCGGAAGGGGAAAACAACCGGAUCCCGGGGGCCCAGGAACAAGCCAGGGAUCCAGCGGCCUCACUUGUCUGAAUUCCUGA